ACCAGCAGAAGGAAAGAAAAAAGCAGCAUGCUGAAUAGUCAUGAUAAAGUCUCAGCUCUCAGCAGACUCAGUAGAGUUAGAUACUUGUUUCCUUGUUGGAACUCGUUUUUUUGCUGAAUGGUGGGAGUAUAGGAAUUGAAUAGUAGCAAAAAGCAAAAGCAACCAAAGAGAACAUUGUUCAUGAUAUUGUAGUUUACACAACGACUACUGUUGCUUAUGGAUAGCGGGUAAAAAUCAUUAUUAUUAAUUUUUAGCAAUAAUUGAAGGUUCAAGUUAAAAGAGGUUUCAUUCCAUUGCUUUAUUAUGUAUUGUAAUUUAUCACUGUUAAAAAAGUAAAUCAACAGCUUACUGCCUAUAAGGUUAAAUGAUUUCUCUUAUAAUAACUAUUUUAGCUGUGUACUUUUGAUUAGCAUAAAUAAUAAAUGUAUUUAACGCAUAAAAAUGAUAAUAAAAAUGAAUUCAUUGUAAUUGAUUGGAAAAAAUUAAUUUACAUCAGGCACCUGCAAUACAAGUAUAAAGAAUAAUGUCACUUGGAAACUGUUUUGUCAAAAUAACGGACUUGCAAGCUGAACCCAAGCUAAUAGGAUUUAAAGUGACAGAUGCAAAUAGAACACGAAAAUUUGGGAUAGCUUGUCGAAGUUUUCAAGAACUUAAGCAAAAAGCUUGUACAAAGUUUAAUGUAACUGAUGAUAUAGCAGAGAUCAAUAUGUAUCUUGUAGAUGGAUCAUUAAUUGAUGAAGAAUAUUUUUAUACACUGGAACCUCAGACAACGCUAGUGCUUCAAAAACCAGGUGAAAAAUUGCUUUCGGAUGCAGAUUUACUUUAUGAAACUCUCAAAAAAGUCAAUAUGGAUUACCUUACGGUAGCUGAUGAAGCUUCCAAGUUUUUAUCAGAUAAUCUGAAGAAAAAGGUUGCCAUGUUAAAUAGUAUAUUAAAUAGUGAUAACUCUAAAACAUUAUUCAGCAGAAGAGAAGAUCAUCCGGAAUGGUUUGAAGGUUCGGAAAGCAAUGUCGUAACUAAGGAAGCGUAUAUGCAUCGUAGAUGCCAAGACAGAAUACGCAGUUAUUUAUAUAAAACAAUUGAACAAAUAAAGGCAUCUGAAACAUGGAAAGUCAACCAAAAAGCAAGGUUAAGAUUGCAUUGUAUUAUUGAAUAUUUUAAAUUACAACUAAAAGAAGAUCACUUUUUUGGGUACUAUUUUGAUCGAAGUCGUAGUUCUACAAGUAAAUUGAACGAUGGCUUAGAUGUAGCGGAUGGAGGUUACAAUAACUGCUAUAAUCACUGUCCUUGUAAACUUACCAGAUUAGAAAUAGAGGAAGAGAUCAACGAUAAAGCGACUUUACCUGAAGACGAAACUGAUGCUAAGAAAGUAUCUUCUAAUAAAAAAGUUGCUAUUGAAAAACUCGUAGUUAAAAGUAAAAAAAAAAUGCCAUAUGAAAUAUUCUUUCGAGGGGAAGAUGAACAAUGUGCCUUUUGUGAUGCAGCGGGAGAAUUUAAAUGUGAAGGUCUUUGGAAUGCAGAACAAUGUGCUUAUGGAGAAAGACAUAAAAUUAAUCCUUAUAGAUCACGUGAAGAACUGAUUCUUUUUUCUACAUGGAAUUUGGAUCAUAAGAUUGAAAGAUCACGUACGUUAGUGCCACAGUUAAUAAAAUCUUCCGAGAGAGAUUUCAUUAAGAAUUCUGAUGUUUAUGAAUGUUAUCAAAAUUUAUUCACUAAUAAAAAUUUAAAUCUUGUCCACAUUGUAUGUCAUGAUAAGGGAUCACAUACGUAAACAUGAUGAAAAUACAUAAGAAAAAAAUACCAUA